CAACGACAAAGCUGCUAUUGUUCUUCGAAAAACAAGGUCUCUAAGCCCAGUCUAAGCCUCCCGCCACAUGAAAUGGCUGGAAACGCACUUGUAACGUAUAUAAUGUCCGGCCUCGAAAGCUUCAAGCCAAAUUUUCUUCCAGUCUCUGAGGCUCGGACCAUUUCUUUAUCAACUUCCUUCUUAAGCCUUUUUUUACUCAUAAUCACGCCCUACUGCGUAUCAACUCGAGAUGUGGCAUAGGAAUACAACUUCGGGAACUGGUCGUGGAAGCUAUCGUCCAAACACACCUGGAGUCGGGUUGCUAUCGUCGACACACCCAAAUCCCUUACCCAGGCCUCCGACCCAGAUUCCUCGAGUUUUCGAAAGUAUUGAUGAAUACUAUCGUUAUCAUACGAAUCCUCCUUAUCGUCCGAAUCAUCCAUCUGCUCGCCAUCAUGAUACCCGCUCAACAGACGGAUCUGGGACUGACCAAACGACGCCUGGAACUACGCGCAGUGCCAAUGAUGUUACUCCAUUACGGUCGGCGGAACAUUACCCCCGCCGUCCGCACUCCACUGGCCAUGAAUCCACUCAUUUGUCCUCUGAGUCAUCUUACGAUAUGCUCAGGGAAGCUGCGUUCCGUAAGUUCUCUUCAAAUAUGUGACUGUGUAUCAAGGAAACUAAGGAACGAUACCUGCUAAAGACGGAAGGCGAACACGUUUCCAGAUGCCGAAUGUCACAGCAACGUCGCAGCUGAAUCGAGAGUAUCAGCGCCAAGCUUCAUUGGCCCCUAUAACAAGUACAGGACAUGGCGGAAUGGAUAGCGAGGAGUCAAUUAGCUCCGUGCCAAUUGUGAACUCGACCACUCCUUCUGAAUUUGGUACUCAUCAUUCGCCGCCAUCUCGGACUAGAACUCCGAGUCGUAGCAUUGUGGCUUCGGGAAGUCAGCACGCUGGUGGUGUGAGCCGGACUGAC